AUGCCUUCUAUAUCAGAGCCUGCGUCACCAUUACGUGAACUAAGCAACGGGAAUAAAUGGAACACUGCUUCUUGUAACGAUAUCGACAAGUAUUUAUUGACGGAGUCGGAUGAUGAGACGUCUGAAAGUCCGAUCAAAAUGGCUCGUUGGAGAUUGUUAAGAAAUAAGAGAGAAGCUAUUUCCAAAUUUCUGCAGGACCAUACAGAAGAGGAACUGCCUGACUAUAUUGAUGACCUAAGACAUUUCGCAUCUUCUCCUGGGGGGCUUAUUGAUGACGAAUUCCGUGCCAUCAUUUGGCCUAUAUUAGCUGCCAAUUUAGUUUCUAAAACUGACGACAAUGAUUGUGAUGAAACUGCUGAUUCAGACUUCGAAUCAGGUUUGUCACAGAUUUCUGAAACUUCAGAAGACUCGGAAUUGAACGUCGAAGAUAUUAGUAUUGAGGAGCUUAGAAACCAUCCAGAGUGGCAACAGGUGGAGUUAGAUGUGAACAGAACCUUAAAACGUUUCCCUCCUAACAUCACGGAGAAGCAUAGGCUGACGUUGCAAGAGGAGCUUAUUCCUCUCAUAGUUCGUGUGUUGAAAACAAAUCGACGAUAUCGCUAUUACCAAGGAUUCCAUGAUGUGUGUCUAACCCUAAUCUUAGUAUGCGGAGUAGAGAAGGCUUUGAAGACUUGCAUUCUUCUUGCGAAGAGCGGAUGCUUCAAUCCAUAUUUGUUGAAGACAUUAGAAGAGAGUGUCCUGAAAGAGUUAGACUUGAUGUAUGUUAUUCUUUCGCGUGUGGAACCUCAAUUAGAAAGAGUUAUGAGAAGAGUUGAACUUGGCUCUUUGUUCGCUCUUAGUUGGCCUUUAACUUGGUUCAGUCACUCACUCCAGCAAUAUCCACAGAUUGUGCGAUUCUUUGAUUUUUUCUUGGCUUCACACCCGCUGCUUCCGGUCUAUGUUUGCUCCACGGUUGUAAUUUUCCGUAAAUCUGCGAUUCUGUCGUGCGAACGAGAAAUGCCAUUCAUCCAUCAGUUGUUGUCGAAUAUGCCUCAUGAACUUCCACUCGAUGCUCUUCUUUCUGAUGCUAAGUAUUUGGCUCGCUUGCUGAAACCCUGCCUUCUCAGGGGGCGUUAUCUCCAAGAGUAUAAAAACCAGGUGACUACCACUCCGAGACAUUUAACGAGUGCUAUCCCUCGAUAUGCCCUACAGUUCGUGUUUGUGGCCGGAGCUGCUAGUGCAGCUGCUGGAUACUUCAUAUUAUCGAAAUACUCCUUAUAA